AUGGCUCCAAAGUACAUUAGGGGCUUGGUCAACUUUAUAACGGAGUUGCGUAGUCUCAAGGGCGAGGAUGAGAAGCUCUUGAGGGUCAAGGAGGAGAUUGCCAAGGUGCGCAUUGUGCUUUCUGCGGCCAAGGUUGACAGCUACAGCAAGUGCAAAUGCAUUCUCAAGUUGCUCUACAUUGAAAUGAUGGGUUAUGACGUCGAUUUGGGCUACUUGCAAUCGGUGGAGCUCAUUUCAAGUUCAAGCUACGCCGACAAGGCAGUUGGAUACAUGGGCUGCGAGGUCUUGCUUCAUGGACACACCGACCUUUUAAGGCUCUGCAUAAACACCACUCUGGAAGAUAUGCGAGGGAAUGAAGGAGUUGCGAGUCUUGCCCUCAACUUUGUUGCCAACACCCACUCUGAGGAGAUUCUCGAGAGGAUUGGAAGGGAGGUGCUAGGGAUGCUCUCACUAGAGUCUCCACAUGUUAGAAAAAAGCUUUACAUGUGCCUAUAUAGGCUGCAUGAUAUGGAGACUGGGUACGGAGAUGAAGAGUGGAGAGAGAUUAUCGGAGGUAUCAUUGAGAGGGAACAGAAUGUUGUGUGCACCAUGGCAGUGUGUUCCUUAGCAUCCAAGGUGUUUGGCAAGUCCUCAAAUUCCUACUGCAGUUAUCUCGUCGCCCUACUCUGGGAUCGGAUGAAUGAGGGAGCUUCCGCAGAGUACGACUAUUUUACCGUAUCGUCACCAUGGUUGAUUAUAAAGGUCUUGGGGAUUUUGUCUGUAAUGGACGCUAGAGGAGAUGAAAGGUAA